UUUAACCCCUCCGCCUCCAGCACACGUGGGAAAAAGCACUUUCGGAGAUGUCUAUGCAAGCCAUUGAGCCGUUCGGCGGCCAUGAAGAGGAUUGGCAGCCCACUACGCACUCCGUAACGCUGAAAGAAGGUAUAGACCUGACGGAGCUGCAGCGGGGAGCCGGCGUGCAGUUCGAGGUGGACCUCUCUGCCCCUCUCCCCGGUGGAGGGGGCCGGCGGAGAGAGGAGGGAUCCCCGGACGGGAGAGGAGAUGGACAGAGAGAGUCUUCUCCAGCAGCUGAACGUGGACUCCAUGGGACUGGGGUGGGAGGACGAGACUGA